CGUAAUAUAAGCACAUUUGAAGAACUGCCUGGUUUAUUUUCCAUGUUAAACAUUACUCGUCUUACCCUUAGUCACAACAAAAUAAAAUCUGUACCACCUGGUUUAGCCAAUUUAACAAAUUUGGAAAUUUUAAAUCUUGCAAACAACCAUUUAGAAGAACUACCCCUAUCUCUAUCGUCAAUGCCAAAACUUAGAAUCUUAAAUUUGUCAUUUAAUAGACUGUAUGGUUUGCCAAGGGGUUUUGGAGCCUUUCCUAUUCUUGAAGUUUUGGAUUUAACUUACAACAACUUAAAUGAGAAGAACUUACCUGGAAAUUUCUUUAUGAUAGAAACACUUAGGGCUUUGUAUAUGGGAGAUAAUGACUUUGAAUACAUCCCUGCAGAUAUCAAGAAUUUAAAAAAUUUACAAAUUCUUGUUCUCCGUGAAAAUGAUUUAAUAGAAUUACCAAAGGAAAUUGGUGAGCUAACAAGAUUAAGGGAGUUACAUAUUCAAGGCAACAGAUUAACAAUUUUGCCCCCUGAAUUUGGAAAUUUGGAUAUGGCUGGACAUAAAUCAGUUUUUAAAUUAGAAGGCAAUGAAUGGGUCACACCUAUUGCAGAUCAAUUAAAACUUGGAAUCAGCCACUUACUUGAUUAUCUUAAAAGUGAAACAUAUCGCAUGUAAGAAUUAAAAACUUAUCACAAAUAAGUUUUC